GUCACGUUUAAGUUUUUAAUGCUUGGAGUAGUGCUUGCUGGUCUCAGGCCAGUUUCCUUUGAUUUCAUAGCUCUGCCUGCCCCCGCUGUACAGACGAUAACAUGUACGUUUACUCUGCUUUGUCAGUAUUCACCGGACCUCAACAAACUCUACUGCCAAAUGGAGAAAACGAGCCCCGUGGAGAUUCUUGUGACUAAAGAACCUCCACAUGGUGCCGUUCUCAGAGUAAUGGCUGUCUACAAGAAGACGGAACAUCUGGCAGAUGUGGUCCGCAGGUGUCCACAUCACCAGAAUGGAGACGCUGCAGACCAUCGCAGUCAUUUGAUCAGAGUGGAGGGCAGCCAAAGGCCCCAGUAUCUUGAGGAUUACAACACAAAAAGGCACAGUGUGACUGUUCCCUAUGAGCCGCCCCAGCCGGGCUCAGAGAUCACCACCAUCCUGCUCAGCUUCAUGUGCAACAGCUCCUGCAUGGGAGGCAUGAACCGCAGACCCAUCCUCACCAUCCUGACCCUUGAGACUUCAGACGGACAACUUUUGGGCCGAAGAUGCUUCGAGGUGCGUGUCUGUGCGUGUCCCAGCAGGGAUCGUAAAACAGAGGAGGCAAAUAGUGCCAAACCGCAGACAGGGGCCAAACAAGUGAACAAAAGAAGUAUUGCCCCAGCAACAGAUCCUGAUAUGUGCAAAAGGAAGUCUAGCUCAAGCACAGAUGAGGAGGAAGUACAUAUGUUGCCAGUUAAAGGCCGUGAGCGCUAUAACAUGUUAAAAAAGAUAAAUGAUGCAUUAGAACUGGCUGAAAAAGAGGCUAAAAACAAAACCAGGGCUUCUAAGGAACUGCUGCCGUCCAGUGGAAAGCGCGUCUUGCAAAAAGCAGAACGAAGCGACAGCGACUAGUUGCAAUCUGCCUUCUUUUAACUGCCAUGUACGAGUUAUGUUCAGUGUUGCUUCCUGGCCAACAUCCCUCAGCAGGAGGCUGCACGAUCAUCGAGUUCAGAUGAACUGCGCGACCCCAGCUCCCUGUACCUCCCCGUCCCGCAUCCUCCCGGGGUCCGUCACGACCCCAGCCCCCUGUACCUCCCCGUCUUUCGUCCUGCCGGGGUCCGGCGCGACCCCAGCCCCCUGCACCUCCCCGUCCCGCAUCCUCCCGGGGUCAGGCGUGACCCCAUUUUUUUUGUUUUUUAUUUUUCCUUCUCCUUUCCUCCCUUCUACCUCCACCCGUGCCACAGGCUCACUGAUGAUGAUGAUGAUGAUGAUGAUGAUGACCAUUUUAAACGAAAAAUAAAACAGACCAAACAGGCAAAAACAUUUGAUUAAAUGCCAAAAGUUUAUUUAAUAAUAUAAAACAGUUAUGAAAGAAAGGAGUACAAGGCGCAUUCCGUACAGUAUAAUUUAAUUGGUACGCGUAAAGCAACAAAGGCAGGCGUAGAAAGAAAUUGAAUACGGCCCUUUUUUUUUUUUUAAUCUUCAUCAACGGGAUUCUCGGCUCAUCAAAACUUGACGCGAAGCAACUUUUGCUGCAGCGCCAGCAUCAGCGUCCCGCAGCGUCGGUCAUGGCUCUCGCUCCGCCGCGAGCUGCACACGACGCAGGGCAUCUCGUAGCCGAAGCCGACAUAGCCUUCCACGGCCUCCUUCAGCAUCAACUCGGGGAACGCCACGUAGCCCCUUCUGUAACGCUCCUUGCCUAUCAUUGAUUUCCGGACGCUUUCUUUGCCAGAGAACUUUUUCGCCAGGAAUUCGCACUCCUCCAUGUUACAA